AUGGGCAACGUCACAAGUCGUGUCGAGGACGGAGGGGUCCUGGUCCUUCGAGAUCAGAGUCGUCUCUCUAUUGCAUCGUUGACUGUCACAAAUGCAAGGGGGAAGGUGCUGUUAAGUGUAGUCCCAAACGUCUACCCUGCAACAAGGGUCAUCGCUCGAAAGGAUUACAGUGAUGAGAAUCUCGUCGAGUUUGUACAGGACCCGGAAUCAACCCCAACAUCACCUCUGCCACCUUUCCUCGCCCGAUUACACAAUGAUGACGAACUCGUUUUCAACUUCUCUUUCAUUAUAAGACAGACCCAAAUUGCGGUGCAACAAUCCACCUCCUCUACAGAGACCCUAGUAAAUGGACUUACUUUCGCCUUCGCCUCAACAACAAAAGACCUAGACAACUUGGUCAUCAGAGAGUUUCAUGCAGAUCCGAAUAUCCACAAGAACCCGAACGUCGAACUCGUUGGUGAUUACUCCACUGGCGACAGCGCAAGUGCCAAAUUUGACUGGUCCUGGAAAUGGCGACCCCCAAAGCCUCUCGAAGACAGAGGUGGCGGCUGGCGAAGUUCUUGCAGCUUCUCUGAAUACGAUCAAAGAGCCCACAAGCUUCAGACUCUUGCAACCUUCAGCUUCUGGGUCCAGAACACACGGCGAACAUUCACGAGUCCUCAUAUGUCCAACCUCGCUACACCCGCUAUGGAGUUGAGUGUACCGACUCGCAUGCGAAUCCCAUCCUCCCAGUCUACCAUCUCUGCCCCAAGUGAAUCAGAUCACACCGAUAUUGGCCCUCCAUCACCACCUGAAUAUGCAGAGCCCACCUUGACGCAAACUUCGCUCAAAGACCCUAACGUCCUAGGAGUGACUUGUCAGAGGCCCGGAGAAGAUGUGAGCGCGGUCGAUGAUGGCCCACUCUUUCGGGCUACUAUGAAAGCGCUUGAGCAAAAGACCGGGAGCAUGCGAACACGAAUGAAAAAGGUCUUGAGGAAGGCAGAAGCUGCUCAGGCAGCUCAGGUAGAGUGCAAUGGGGCUGCAGGAGCAUUUAUGGAAGCAUUACGUGAAGCUUCAAUUUCAAAUGCACAUGCCAUCCAGCCCGCCUUGGAUCAUUACUUUGAGAGAAUAGCGAAGCAAAUCUUGCAGUAUGAAAGGCAGAACACCGUCAAUCUUCAGAGAUCGAUCAUUGAUCCACUGAGUAAGAUCUAUAAUAUCGAUAUCAAACAAGCAGAGGCCAAGAAGAAAGAUUUCGAAGAGGAGAGCAAGGAAUACUACGCUUAUGUCAGCCGAUACCUGGGUCAGCGACAGGACUCUUUAAAGGAGAAAAAGCGAAACGAAAGCGAUACGAAGUAUCAGGAUAAGCGCCGAAGAUUCGAGCUGAAAAGAUUUGACUAUUCUUCAUUCAUGCAGGACUUGCACGGAGGGAGAAAGGAGCAGGAGGUGCUUUCCCAGCUGACAAAGUACGCCGAGACUCAAUCUCAGAGCUAUCUCCAUACUGCCAAGAAGGUGGGAGAGAUGACUCCGCAACUUGACGCGCUGAUUCGCGAAGUGCGGGAUGCGGACAAAGAAUUCAAUUACAAACGAACCGAGAGGGAGGAAAAGCGAAGGACGUUAGAAAAAAGCACUAAAACAUAUGUAGAGCCAGAAGCAUCGACUAGUAUAGGACCAACUCUAAAUGCCUCGAGCGGCACGAUCCCCGAGACAGAUCUCUCGCGAUCAGACAGCACUGGCGCGAAUGGCCUUCAUUAUUCAUCCUCUACUGCAUCUCAGCAUACCUCCACUCUUUCCGCCACGAGCAAUGGGGCCUCAAGCACAGCGAGUAGCCGACCUACCAGUGGUGUACCCCUCGUAAGCCCUGAUAGGUUCAAAGGAAUCCGAGAUUUGGAGGAGAAAGACCACUUGUCAUACGGAAGUGCGGAUACUGUUCAGCAUAGGAAAGAGGGUCUCCUUUGGGCUUUGAGUCGACCAGACUCACAUGUUGACAUGAAAGGCCUGAACAAACAGGCAUGGCAUAAAUUCUGGAUCGUUCUCGACCAAGGAAGGCUUUCCGAAUAUAGCAAUUGGAAGCAGCGCCUCGACCUGCACAUGGAGCCCAUCGACCUCAGGAUGGCCUCAGUGCGUGAGGCCCGCAAUGCUGAGCGUAGAUUCUGCUUCGAGGUCAUCACGCCACAUUCCAAGCGUGUCUAUCAAGCUCCGUCCGAGGAAGACAUGCACAGCUGGAUCAAUGCCCUGAACAACGCUCUGCAAAACGCAGUCGAGGGCAGAGCUCAGCCUCAGCAGUUCAAGCCCACAUCCGAUCGGAACAGUAACCGAGACAUCGGAUCUGUCCUCACGGGGAAAUCCUCCUCCUACUCCGGCCACCAUCACCAUCAGGCGCCGAUAAACGCAAGCGGCGGAAACAGCGUCUACCGUCACCGCACAGUCGGAGCACGACCGCAGUACGUGCGAACUGAUAGUAACAGCUUCGAAGAAAACCCAUCCAAACUUCUCAACCUUAUCAGAGAAAAUGAUCAGGGCAACCGGUGGUGUGCGGAUUGCAAUUCCGAAGCUAAGGUAGAUUGGGUUUCGAUCAAUCUUGGCAUAGUGCUGUGUAUUGAGUGCUCAGGCAUACACCGGUCGUUGGGGACCCACAUCUCGAAAAUCCGCUCUCUUACCCUCGAUACAACGUCUUUCACAACGGACAUUGUAGAAGCUCUACUCCAGAUUGGCAAUCGCAUUAGUAACAUGGUUUGGGAGGCGAAACUUGAUCAAUCCCAAAAGCCCGCUGCACAUGCAUCACGAGAGCAGCGGCUACGGUUCAUCACCUCAAAGUACGUGGCUCGAAAUUUUGUCGCUCCUAUAGGUUUCAAUCCUCAAUUCCGCUAUGCUACUGCGGACGAAACACUUCUGGCUUCAAUCAAGAGGAAUGAUAUCCACGGUGUUCUGUACGCCCUUGCUUUGCGUGCAAACCCAAAUGCUACAGAUCGAUCUCGGAACACGCAUUCGAUCUUCCUUGCAUUGGCGGCUGCUGAUCCUGCACCACCUGGUGGUUCCUUCACGUCCUCGCCUGCAUUGUCUCCAUCUUCCAAGGGUGUUAGCAACAGGUCGGUGCACGCAUUCCCAGUUGCUGAGAUACUGGUACAGAACGGUGGCCUGAUUCCUGAAUCGCUUCCUGCUUUCCCUCUGAGUCAACACGCUCAGCUAUACGUCGACCAAAGAUCUGGAAAAGGUGGUUCCGACACCUUGGGAGCUCUACCUAAGAUUGGCCGUGCGUCGGGGGCAGGAUUCAAUGUCGGCGAUGCUGGCAAGGAAGGUGCAACGAAGUUGCAAAAGAAGAAUAGCGUCGGUGGAAAAUUGGCGGUCCGCUCUGGUUGA